AUUAAGGAUUAUAUUAUUUGUAAUAACAAUAAUAACUAUCAUUAUUAAGUAUGAGUUUAUACUCUCUCUAUAUAUAUAUAUAUAUGUGUGUGUGUGAGUCAGCUUCCCUGUAGUUGUGGGGAAGAGUUUCUGACGCACGUGUUGGAAAAGUUCGUAUAUUCUGACCUCCUGCGUAAAAUUCACUUCAAUUUCCCUGCAAAUUUGGUGAAACUUCUCCUACGGCUUCAACCUUAUAAAUAAUGGAUUCAAAGCCAUUCAUAAACUGUAACAAAGCAAAUUGAAUCCUCUUCUUCUUCUUCUUCAGAAUCCAUGCCCUCUUCUUCCUCAUCCUCGUCAUUGUCUUCUUCAUCAUCAUCUUCUUCUUCUGCCAUUCAGAUAAUCGAUGUCUUUCUUAGUUUCAGAGGCCCGGACACACGGAGGAAGUUCAUCAGCUUUCUCUACAGAGAAUUGGAUCGAAAGGGGAUAAGAGCGUUCAAGGACGACACAGAGGUCGAGAGAGGGAGACUGAUUUCCCCUGAGCUCAUUCAAGCGAUCAGAAGCUCGAAGUUCGCGGUCGUCGUCGUUUCAGAGAACUACGCAGCUUCUUCCUGGUGCCUUGAAGAGCUCGUCAAGAUUCUCGAGUUUCAGAAAACCGGUUCUCUCACCGUCAUACCCAUCUUCUACGAUAUCGAGCCUUCGGAUCUGAGGAGACGGAAAGGGAAAGUCGCCGAGCAGUUCCAGAAGCACGAGAGCAGAGAGGAUCCGCAGAAGGUGGAUUCAUGGAAGAAGGCUGUCACUAAACUGGCUGACAUCCGGGGCGAGUGCUCUUUGAAAUGGGAUGAUGACUCAAAGCUAGUCGAUGGAAUUACCGAAAGAAUAGCGAAAGAGUUGUACCCUGCAGCAUCAAGCAUCAGCAGAAACCUGGUUGGAUUCGAAGAUCAUAUGAAAGCCUUGUAUCAAUUGCUGGAUCUGAACUCGAAUAAGGAUACUCGCCUGAUCGGGAUUUGGUGCAUGGGAUGCAAUGGCCGAUCCACUCUUGCGAGGUGCCUCUACAAGGAAAUCUCAAAACACUUCCAAACGCAUUGCCUUCUCGAAAACGUCAAAGGGAUUUGCUCUCAGCUUAGAAGCCCUUCACGUUUAAGGAAAGAGUUCAUAUCAAGACUCCAUGGAGAAGAGGCUUCAUUGAUUAAGAGCAUGAACAUGGGCACUAACGCCAUCAACGCUAGACUCAGAAACCAAAAGACUCUUCUCGUGGCCGACGACGUGGACAAGAUCGAACAGAUAGAUUCCCUUGCUGAGGUCUUUAACUCGUUUGGUCCGGGAAGUAGAGUCAUUAUAACCACGCAAGACAAGCAAUUGCUCGCUUCUUGCGGAGUAAAUCUCGUUUACGAGGUUGAGCUCUUGCGGUGCUGCGAAGUUCGUCAGCUUUUCCGGCAAGUUGCCUUCAGAAGAAACGAUAUUCCCGUCGGUAUGGAGCCAUCUUCGUACUGGGCAAUGAAACUGACACUGGCCAUGAAAUCAUACGCCUCGUCGUUAUGUUGCAGAGGUCAGCUUAGGGGAAGUGCAGAAUCCCACUGUUGAAUCCGGUCGAUCAAGACAAGCUCUGUAAGAUACUUAGAAUAAGUCAGUAGGACAAAGCAUAUACUUAGAGUAGAUGUAUACAGAAAUUAAAAUGUAUACCUUCGUU